GAGGAAAGUACGAAAAUCGUUUAAAUUUUUCACUCGCGAAACAAGAUGUAAAACUAGUGAAAUUCGCAGCCCAAUUAGUGAGAAAAUACGCUGCAAGCACAAUGCAAGCGACGAACAGUGAAAACUAAGGACAUCGCAAAUCAAACACACACAGAGAUGAAUGUGAUGCGCAAACUGCGCGGCGCUGCCGGAGCAGGAAGUGUCGGAGGCUCUUCCGCCGCCAACAAUGGCACUCCCAUCGGAGUAACCAGAUCCACCACAGAUUCCGGUUCCUCGACAGGCGCCAAUGGAAGGGCAGGAGCUGGAGAGGAAGCGCUGCUGGAUGCUCGCAUUCAGAUGAGCUUGAGUACACUAAAGAAGCUAUUCAAUGAAUACACUCAUCCAAAGGAACCUCUAAGCGAGCAGGAACGCGAUGGAAAACUUUACGAGAUGCUGCCCCUCUUCUGCAAGGUUUUCAGUAGCUGUCCGGCUAACGACAUGAGUGAAAAGUUCUGGGACGUGGUCGCCUUCUGCCAGCAGGUCUCACGUCUAAUGGUCAGCGAGAUCCGGAAACGAGCCUCCAACCAGAGCACAGAGGCUGCAUCCAUAGCGAUCGUCAAGUUUCUGGAGGUGGAGACCACGGAGGAAACUAGCAGCGGCUGGAUGCUUCUUGCCACGCUUAAUUUGCUGGCCAAUGGAGACGUAUCGCUAAUACAGGUUAUGACUGCGGCCGCAGUUCCCUCGACGCUGGUUAAGUGCCUGUACCUGUUCUUUGAUCUACCCAUCGUCGAGGACGAUGAGCCUGCGGCGGAUGGUGGAACAGUGAGCGAUUUUAAUGCCCAAGAGCGACGCACUCUGCUGCAGAAGGUGUUUGUCCAAUUACUGGUGAAACUAUGCUCGUACCCCUAUCCCGCCGAGGAGCUGGCUCGGAUGGACGAUCUGACGCUGCUCUUUUCGGCAAUAACAUCGCCGUGUCCUAUUCACAACAUUGUCUGGCGCAAAAAUGCAGCCGAAAUUCUGACCACCAUAUCGAGACACGGCUUGACCGAUGCCGUAGUUAGCUAUAUACAUUCCAAGGGCUGCAUGGCGCUAUGCGUGGACAACAUGCAGCGUCUGACGUUCGGUAAUCCAUUGGAAAUCGUCGAAAUGUUCGUCACCGUGUUCUGUUUCCUCAAGGACUCUAGUCAGGUAUCCCAGAUACUAAUGGACGACUUUCGGGCUUCCCAAGGCUAUGUAUUCCUCAGCGAUUUUCUGCUAAAGUUCGACAAUAACCGUAGCCAAUCGCUGGAGAUUCAGGCUGCCAUCCGGAACCUUGUCCUGAUGAUCUCAUCGCUGUGCAUGUGCGGCUUCUAUGAGCUGCGUCCACCGGCGGCCCAGUUCAACACCGGUUUCAAGCUGCAAAACUUUCAGCUGCCACAGGCCACCUCCCGGGAAACGUGUGUCCGGAAUGUGUACGCCUUCCAAGUGCUGCAGAACGUGUUUCUUAAGUCGACCACGCCGGCGCUGUGCUGCACCAUCCUGGAUGCUAUCUCGCGGGUGUAUCACUCGGAGAAUGCCAAUUACUUUAUUCUGGAGUCGGAGCACACGCUCAGCUCCUUCGCGGAACGCAUCCACCUAAAGAGCCCACAGAUCCAGGAGAAGUUCUACGACCUGCUGGAGUUUAUAGUCUUCCAGCUGAACUUUGUGCCCUGCAAGGAGCUGAUCAGUCUAUCGCUGCUACUCAAGCACAACCAGUCGACAGCCUGCAGCAUCCUUUGUCUAAAGACACUGCUAAACAUUCUGCGUCACAACAGUGUAUUUAAAGAUGUCUAUCGCGAGGUGGGAAUCCUGGAGAUCUUUGUGGGGUGCCUGACACGCUAUGCCACCCACGUAAUGCAGAUUACCAAGGGCGAUGAGUCGCUGGUAGUGGAGCAGUCUGCCGACCAACAGGAGGUGGAUGAAUUGGAUACACUGGGCAAGCUCGUCCUGGAAGCUCUAACCAUGUUGCUGGGUGGAGGAGCUAACAACAAUGCGCAGCUUUUCCGCGAGUACAAUGGUGCCAAGUGUGUCCACGAGCUGGUUAAGUUCAAGCACUGCCGUCCGCAGGCUCUAGGAAUAGUAAGAGAGCUAAUUCUGUCGGCCGGCGGAGACGAUGAUAUGCUGCACGUACUCUCACUCAUGCACAGUGUCAGCCCGCUGCAGGUGGAGUUCAAAAUCCAGAUACUCAACAUGCUACUCGGCUGCCUCAAGGAUUCGCAUCGCACGCGGACCGUGUUCCGCAAGGUUGGUGGCUUUGUGUACCUCACCAGUGUCUUUGUGUCCCUGGAUGGCAGCAUGGCUCAGCCGCAGCCGGGCAUUCCACAGCAGGAUCUCAUUCUGCUACUGCAGAUCGUCUGCCAGACGCUGGCCACAGCCAUGCGCUUUGAGCCGGCCAAUGCCAAGUUUUUCCAUCAGGAGAUUAGCAGUAGCUCCCUCUGCGAUACUCUCCGUCUGCUGGGUUGCUUUGGAGGAUCGUCUGCACUGCAGGACUUUACUGGCGCCUACGAGCCGCAGCAGUCAUUGCUCAAGUAUUACCACGAGAUCUUUAGUGGAGACAUUCUGAGCGUCAGCUUCUCGGAGGACGUUCCCUAUCCGCUGUCCUAUGUGUGCAUCGUCUUUCGGCUGCUGUACAGCAUUGCCCUGGAUAACUUCGAGGCUCCGAAUCUAAGCGGCAUAAUAACGCUCUUCAGUGAGCCUCCAGCACACUCGCGUUCACCGAGCAAGGAACUGGCAACGCCGGCCCAUCCCAGUCAACUGAAUCUUACGCAGCCAAGUCCCGAGCCGCGCAUUGUACAUCCAGGCGUGGUGCUGUGCAUGCUCCAACUGCUGCCCGCUGUUGAACUGGACGCGGCUCCUCUGCAGGCAGUGCAACUGCAGGUCUACAUCAGCGAGAUUAUCAAGUCACUGGUUCGAAGCGAACGUAACCAACAGAUUAUGUGUGACCACGGGCUAGCAGAGAAGCUGCUCAAACUGACGCGACGGGCACUGGCCGAGGAAUCACAUCCACUGCACGUGCCCAUGCAAUACAUUCUGGAGCGUUUGGCCGCACAGGCACUGCAGCCGACCGAACUGCGACAGUUUCUACGGCUGGGUGAACCACUCUCGUGUGCGGAUAUCGAUCUGCAGCAACCAUACAAGCAGGGAGGACCUGUCCCACUGACACGCAUCAAGACACUGGUCUCCAUGACUACGCCACGGGAUUUCCGAGCACACGGUUCGAGCACGUUGCCUCCGUUUGUGGAGCUGGAUAUGUCCGCCGAGGGAUUCGGUUGCCUCUAUCUGCCAUCGUUGGCACCUCAGGCCACGGCCACCGCUGGCGGAACCAUUGAUGCCAACACCAUUGGCGGAAUCGGAGCCGGCGAUCGGAUAUUCCCACCACAAACUGGUCUCACCUAUUCCACUUGGUUUUGCGUUGAGAAGUUCUCGGAUCCAAAGACAGAUCCACAUUGUGUGCGGCUCCUAACGCUGGUGCGGACCAUUCACAAUCCGCGCGAGGAGAACCUGGCAUGUCUGUCCAUUUUGCUAUCGGCUCGGGACAAGGCUAUUGUUGUGUCUACGCAGGAAACGCUGGUCACGCCCAGAAAAAGCAUCGGUGACUGGGAGCCAGAGGGUUCGGAUGAUGGCAUUGCUCGCAUCUGGUGCCCCGAUCUGCUGCACGAGGGUCAGUGGCACAAUUUGGUCGUCGUACUCAAUCGGGCCGUUCUAAAGAACUCCAGUUUAUCACUUUACCUGGACGGAGUGCCCAUGCACACCCAGAAGUUACACUAUAUCGCUCAGCAUCCGGGAGCGAGCAGUGCCAACCUAACGUCAGCCACCCAGAUCUUUGGCUACAUUGGUACUCCGCCCAUCUGGCGACGGUACUCGCGUCUGUGCUGGAAGCAGGGCGUGUGCCACCUCCUAGAGGAUGUGCUGGCCCAGCAGACGGUGCAAACGAUUUACCAGUUGGGACCACACUACAUGGGCUCACUACAGGCUCCACAGCUGGGAAAGCAGUCGGAACCGCUGGCUCCUCUGGUGCCCGAGGAUCGUGUCCUGUUGGGCCUCAACGCCAAGGCGGUCUCUAAACUCACGCUGGUCAAGAUCCGCAAGGUGUACAGUCGGGCGGACAACAAGAGCAUCGCCAAACAGUUGAACAUGAACUCUCACGAGAAUGCCACUCCCAUCAAAAUUCUGCACAACUCAGCUGGACAUCUGGCUGGAGCUGGUCGAUCUCUCGGUGGCGUGGUCGUAGGAUACCUGGGCGUGCGGGUGUUCAGUCCGCACCCCGUCUCAGCCAUGAUCGACACCGUUGGCGGUUGCAACGUGCUCCUUGGCAUCAUUGCCAUGGCCCAGGAUGUGGAGUCCUUGUAUGCCGGCGUAAAGGCUUUAACCUGCGUGGUUCGCAGCAAUCGUGCCGCCCAGGCAGAGAUGGACAGGAAGCGCUGCUAUCAAACACUGGGCAUGUUCUUCAAAAAGAAGAAACACCUGCUUAACUCGCACAUCCUGCACCUGACGUUCGGCCUGGUGGGCACGGUAAACAGCCAGGAUAUGUCGGCCAUUCCCAAUGUGACUGCGUUCCAAGAUCUUUUGUGUGAUUUGGAGAUUUGGCACAAUGCACCAAACGGCCUGUUGCGGUCCCUGCUGGAGCACUUGCUAGAACUGGUGGUGGAGUCCAGCGAUAAGAAGCAGAACGUAAAGAUUAUGCGGGAUCUGCAGUUACUGGUGAAGCUGCUGCAUAUAAUCACACAAAUCCAGGACCACUCGACGCGUGAGAUACUCUUCAGUCUGCUGGAGACUCUCCUGGGUGGACAGCCGCGUCACACGGAUCUGCUUCUGUUUGGCCAGUAUGUGGCUGCCAAGCUACCACGCGCCCAGGACGGCGGCUUAGAGGCUUCCGUGCUCCUGCCCAGUAUGAAGAAUCCAAGUGACGACCAGGACGGUGGCGUGGCUCAGAAUAUAUACCUCCGGAACCGCUGCCUCUCCCUGCUGCACGGCCUGCUCUUCACACCCCGGAACACGGUGAACUAUGUCAUCUGCGACGACAUCUCCAAGACCCUGGGCAUGGACUGGCUGCUGCUCUUCAUGCAGCCGCACGUCCACUUCACCACCGUCAUCAUCGCUGUACGCAUCUUGGUGGUGGUCUGCGCCAACGAGAGCUUCCUGGUGCGCUUUCGGGAGGCCAAUCACAACGGCGGCUAUUUGCGGUUCACGGAAAUGGUGUCCCAGCGCAAGAUGGGACUUGGAGCACAGCAGCUCAACCAGCGACCGACCAAUGGCACUGGCACAGUAAUCGUAGCCACGCCGCAAAACACCAUACAGCACCUGCCCACGCAGAUAGCCGGUGAAGUGCGAGCGGCGGCCUUAAAUAUACCAGGCUUUCAGCUUCUCGAAUGGCUAAUGCAGCACCAUCUGGAUGUGCCUGAGCUGUAUUUCCUGGUGACCGCACUGAUAAUGGGACAGCCUGUCAAAGUGCUCGCCACCGAACACACCAAGUUCGACCUCGACCGGGUAUGGUCAUUCCUCUGGGGUGCUCCCGUCUCGGCCAACACGCAACUGCCCAAGCUCAACGUCUGUCCCGAAGGCGUGUGUGUCCUGCUGGCCAUGGUGCGCGGCAUUGUGCAUGGCGGUGAGUGUGCACCCUGGCUACACAGUCAUCCGGAGACCAUCAUCCAGUUGCUGUUCAGCCUGUACCAAAAUCUCAGCGAUUUUGCGCCCGUGAUGAUGGCAGGGGAUGUGGUCACUUCCCUGGUUGCAGUUCUGUUUCCGCCGACCUCGAGAUCUGCAGACUCGGAACCAAACAGCGGAGCCUCCACGCCAACGGAUGGUACUGGAAGCAGCUUUGUCCUGCCGCCGCCGGAAAGUCUGCAUGGAGCACAGCAGCCGCAGCCAAAGUUGACCGCUCAUCCGGUUUGCAAAUGCAUCAUCGACUUCCUGCGAGUCAUCGUGGUGGAUUCGCUCGGACUGAAUAUGCAGGGCAAGGCUACGCCAGUCAUUGAUCUCGUCUUGGAUGCAGCUCCAGAUACGGCAGAACUUCCGCUGCAGGUACAGUAUCAGACGCAGAUCAUCAUCGCCCUGAUGGACCACCUGCUGGCCGCGGAUGUGCUGGUGGGUGAGCAGGCUGCGCUGCCUCUGGUUCCUCUCCUGCAGAGCCAGACUCAGCACAUUGCGCCGAAUGUCUUCUACCUGACUGCCCGCAUCGUGGACAAGCUGUGGCAGGGCUGCCUCGCCCGUAAUCCGCACGACAUCUUUGACUUUGUCAUCAAACUGAUUGCGCAGGCCAAACGCCGCUCCUCGUCGCUCUCGCUGGAGCACCUGCAUCACUCGCUCAACCGCAGCAUCCUUUUCCUGCUCUCCCGCCCCACCGAUGACUCGCGGACCGACCAGGUGAGUGUGUUGGAGGCGCUGCACAAGAUCAUCCAGCAUCGUCUGCUCAUCUUCGGAGCCGGAAACCAUGAACUGGAGUUUAUCGGCUGCCUCACCUACUGCCUGAUGCAGCUGACGGCCGACAUGAAGAUCAUCUUAGAGCCGGCCACAAGUCGGAACACAACAUGGCACGUCAAUCCGCAAACGGAGACAACGGAGCCCAAGGACGAGGAUCUCAACCAGCUGCAGGGACGCAACCUAAUUGUAGGUGCCGCUUUCCGCGUCUGGGAAGAGCUGUACGUGUGCAAAAAACCAGCCAUCGAGGAGGUAUUUAAGGUUUCCCUCACACCACCACCGGCGAACUCCAAGGCACCCGAUCUUCAGACCACACGGGAGCAGGUAAUGGAGCUGGCCUCCAAGCUGUGGUUCAACUAUGUCGAGGCGGAACGCAAGGCCUCCUACCGCAUGCCCUGGGAGCUGCACACCCAGAUUCAGUCGAAGAUCCAGAAGGUCACCGGUGGCCUGUCGCGUCUGACCAGCCGGACCAAGGCCAAGAAGGAGGAGCUGGUGCGCACCAAGUCGACAAUGAGCCGCGAGGCUGCCUACGAGUCUACCGGCAUCCACGUCCAGCUUGUGAAGGAUUUGCUCGAACUGCGGACGAAGCAAUACCAGCAAAUGAUGCAGCAUACCCAGCGUUAUGUCUACCAGGACUGGGUCCAGUCGGAGACGGAACUAACCCGCGAGCGGGGUCUUUGGGGCCCAGCCGGAAGCUGUUCGCUGGACAAGUGGAUCCUGGACACCACCGAGGGCCCCCACCGCAUGCGCAAGAAGACAAUGCGCAACGAUGUCUUCUACCUGCACUAUCCCUACCGUCCGGAACUGGAGCUGGCGGAUAAUCGUCAGCUGAAGUACAAGGUGGCCUCCAGUUUGGACAGCAAGACCUAUGCACUGCACGGCCAGCAACAGCCCCGCAUCCUGGCCGAGGCGGCGUCGGAUCAGCAUUCGAUGCAUCAGCAGAGCUCACUGGAGGCAGUACAUCCACAUCGAUUGGAGGCCAGUAGCUCCACAUCAACACCCCCGCCGCCCAUUUCUCCCAAGCUGGUGGGACACGGAUCCACUCCUUAUCCCCAAGAGUCGAUUGAUGGUAACGCACCAGAGGAUGACGAGGAAGAGGAGGACACCUCCAUGACAAGUGACAAUGAGACGUUCCUGCGGCUUCUGGAGGAGCAAGAGAAGAUCAGCUUCAUGUUCCGCUGUGCAAGAGUCCAGGGACUGGACACUUUCGAGGGCCUGCUGCUCUUUGGCAAGGAACAUUGUUACAUUGUGGAUGGAUUUACGCUUCUGAAGAAUCGUGAGAUUCGGGACAUUGACACACUGCCUCCGGGAGCCUAUGAGCCCAUCAUUCCCAAUUCCGGUGGCACCUCCUCGACCACUUCGCGGGCCGUAAGCCACAAGCUGCGACAGUGCUCAAAGUUCGCCUACGAAGAGAUUCGGGAGGUUCACAAGCGUCGCUACCUGCUGCAGCCCAUCGCUCUAGAGGUAUUCUCCGAAGACGGACGCAACUAUCUGCUAAGCUUUCCGCGUAAAGUUCGCAACAAGGUGAACCAGCGAUUCCUGGCGCUGGCCACCGCACUGAACGACAACGCCCAGCAAUCGGUGGCGGGACAGAAACGGACAGCCAGCGUGGAGCAGACGGCAGGGAUUUUCAGCGGCCUGAUCGGUGAGACUUCGGUGACGCAGCGAUGGGUGCGCGGAGAGAUCUCCAACUUCCAGUACCUCAUGCACCUGAACACCCUGGCCGGGCGCAGCUACAACGACCUGAUGCAAUACCCCGUAUUCCCCUGGAUCCUGGCUGACUAUGACUCGGAGGAGCUGGAUCUCACCAAUCCGAAGACUUUCCGUGACUUCUCACGUCCCAUGGGCGCCCAGGCCGAGGAGCGUUUGGAGCAGUUCCAGAAGCGCUUCAAGGAAUGGGAUGAUCCACACGGAGAGACACCGCCCUAUCACUACGGCACUCACUACAGCUCUGCGAUGAUUGUAUGCUCCUAUCUAGUACGCUUGGAGCCCUUCUCGCAGCCCUUCCUCAAGCUGCAGGGCGGGCACUUUGACCUGGCGGACCGUAUGUUCCACAGCAUCAAGGAGGCCUGGCUGUCGGCCUCCAAACUCAACAUGGCUGACGUUAAGGAGCUCAUCCCGGAGUUCUUCUACCUUCCCGAGUUCUUGAGCAACUUCAACAGCUUCGAUCUGGGCACCAAGCAGAACGGAGAGACCCUCAAUCAUGUCAUCCUGCCGCCUUGGGCCAAGCAGGAUCCACGGGAGUUCAUCCGCCUGCACAGGAGCGCGCUGGAGUGCGACUACGUUAGUCAGCACUUGCAUUUGUGGAUCGACUUAAUCUUUGGCUGCAAGCAGCAGGGACCAGCCGCCGUGGACUCUGUCAAUGUGUUCCACCAUCUCUUCUACGAGGGAAACGUGGAUAUUUACAACAUUGACGAUCCGCUCAAGAAAAACGCCACCAUUGGCUUCAUCAACAACUUUGGCCAGAUCCCAAAGCAGCUCUUUAAGAAGGCACAUCCCGCCAAGAAAAUGGGCAGCUCACGCCAUUCGGCGCUCAUUGAUCCCACGGCUCUGAUACAGGGCAACAGCACAGUGCUCCAAACCGAUCGCCUCUUCUUCCACAAUCUUGACAAUCUCAAGCCCAGUCUGCAACCCAUUAAGGAGCUGAAGGGCCCCGUUGGGCAGAUCCUGCAGCCCGACAAGACCGUGUUUGCCGUUGAGCAGAACAAGGUUAUGAUGCCGCCGUCGUAUACAAAGUACAUUGCCUGGGGCUUUGCCGAUCACUCCCUCCGAGUGGGGCUAUACGACACGGAUCGAGCGUCCUUCGUAUCCGAGGCGGCGGCACAGAACUCAGGUGAGAUCCUGACCUGUGCCUGUCCCAAUGCCAAAAUGAUUGUCACGGCUGGCACCAGUUCGGUGGUGACCAUCUGGAAGUUUGACGCGAACCGCAAGAGUCUUAGUGUAAAGCAUUCGCUGCAUGGACACACAGAUGCUGUGACCUGUCUGGCGGCCAGCGCCGCUUACAAUGUCAUUGUAUCCGGAUCGAGAGAUGGUACUGCCAUAGUCUGGGACAUGACACGCUUCACCUUUGUGCGACAGCUGCGUGGACAUGCAGGCGUUGUGGCUGCCGUGGCCAUUAACGAACUCACUGGGGAGAUUGCCACCUGCUCGGCUACUUGGCUUCACGUGUGGUCCAUCAAUGGCGAUGCCCUGGCCAUGGUCAACACCUGCGUGGGCAGUGCAGACCGCAUGCAGCAGAUUCUUUGCGUGGCCUUCUCCCAGAUCCGUGAGUGGGACCAACAGAACGUGGUCAUAACGGGCUCCACCGAUGGCGUAGUGAGGAUGUGGUCUCUGGAGCAUACACAGGUUCCCAUUGAUCGUAAACUGAAGCGAGGAGUCGAGGUCAACUCUCAGGACAAGCCUGACUCGGCAUCCUUAGACAGCAAGGACAAUAAGGACGAAAAAAUGAGCAUAUUCAAGCAAAUCAAGAGCCUAUCGCACCCAGAGGAAGAAGAGCAAGAAAUUGUGAAAUCCGCUUCGGAAAGUAGCAUUUCAGAGGCCUCUCAGCACAGCAAGGAGUCGAGCAAAUCAGCGGAGGCAGGUGCCAAGGCAGAGGAGCCGGUGGUUGAACGCAGGAAUAGCUCCAUUUCAGGAGCCAAGUCUUUCCAUGAGAUGAAAUCGGCCACAGUAGAAGCACCUGGAUGCAGCGGCUCAGAUCCCAAGAACAAUGAGGAUGAACAUGCCAUCAGACCGAGCAAAUCGGAUACAAGCCUAACCGAUGGAUUUGUUGUUAUAGACAAUGAUAGGCAUCAUCGAGGUGAUCAAGUGCUAAGAAAAGGUUUCCGAUGGCAACGUCAAUUAAUGUUCCGCUCAAAAUUGACAAUGCAUACGGCAUACGAUCGAAAGGAUAAUGCUGAGCCAGCUAGCAUAACAGCACUCACCGUAUCCAAGGAUCACAAGAUUCUCUAUGUUGGCGAUGCCCGUGGUCGUAUCUUUUCGUGGAGCGUUACGGAACAACCGGGUCGCGGAGUGGCUGACCAUUGGCUGAAAGACGAGGGAGCUGAUCAGUGUGUCAAGUGUCAUGUCAAAUUCACGCUCUAUGAGAGGAAGCAUCAUUGCCGAAACUGUGGACAAGUGUUCUGCAACAAGUGCAGCCGGUUCGAGUCGGAGAUCUCUCGCCUUCGCAUCCUGAAGCCAGUUAGGGUGUGCCAGGCUUGCUAUAGCCAACUGCGAACGAAUUCCUUUGACAAUUAGGGGAAAAGCAGCUUGGAGAUGCGUUUAUGUGUAACAGAAAAAGACGUUAGGGACUUUUAAUUAACUUAUUUAAUGCAAUUGUAUUUUAAAUUCUCUGUUUUAUAUAUUUUUUAACCAAAUCAAGUUGAGCUAAUUUCAACCAAAGGCUGUUAUAUGAUUUUAUAUUUUAUUAAACAUAAGUUAAUCGAAUUUUUUUACACACAACCAAGUUGCAAUAUAAUUUAAUGCUUAUUUAUAACUAUUUAUAUUUUAUACACCGAAUAAAAACCAAUUAACGUUGCUUAUUCACCCGCAAGCAUUGACAAUUUCUAGUUAUGUAAAACAAAACACUAUAAAUAUUGUGUAAUUAAUGGUAGAACCUCGAUGCAUGUAAGAGAAUCGCUGCUUACCCAUACGGCCAGCGCACAAAACUAACAAAUAUCGUAAUCGAAGCUUAAUGUUUCCCCCAGCGAAACCAUCCGCUGAAACAAUAAAUGAACACACCAAGCACCGCCAGUUAUAUCAAUUACAAAAUGAACUCAAAACACUUUUAUAGAAAAUAAAGACAGCCAGUUUACAAAAUGAGAAGAGCCUGGCAAAUUUUGCAGGAUCGGAUACGAACACGUUUUAGCACACAACACAGAAACCUCACACUGAACUCUACAAAAUAAAUACUUCUAAUGGCAUGUAGAUUAUCUCAGCAUUACUUUCAAACGCAAAGUAAUAAAAGCAAUUACAAAAAAUAUUCUAUAAAUGAGUCCCUAAAUGUGUAAGCAAUCUUUCAAAUUGCUGAGGCAAAUAAUACAAUAAAUGUUUAGCCAUUCUCUCGAUGAUGAUGUUCUAUAUAAUUCCGAAGAAACAUUCAGUCUACUUCAGUGUUGUGGCCUCUAAAGCAUUCACUUCCUUCCAUCGACUUAUUCAAAUAGUGUAAAUAUAAAAGACAAAUAAUAAUAAAUGCAUAACAAUUAGACAAUGAAUUUAGAUA